AUGUGCUCUGGUGGGUGAGGCGUAAAACUUUACCCGAGGCAUGUAAUUGCUAUUGAAAGGGAGAGGAAGACCCAAACAAAGAAGGCGAAAGGGCAUCAUCUACAUCCAUGAAGGGAAGGGAUAUUCAGUAGGUAGCUAGGAAGGUCAGAGGCUUCGUUCACCUUCUAAACUGAAGCGUGGUGUGCUACAAGCAAUAUCAGCUUGUGGGGUUAUAAUAUCUCCAAUUGCAGAAACCCAGAAGCGGUAGAUGUCUGGGUAAGUCGCUGGAAGGGAUGGAAUCUCUAUGGAGGGAGAGAAGAGCUUACCCCUUGUUGGGUCUCAUGUCUAUGGCUUUUCUUCUUUAUCUGAACUUCGGCCACAAGCUCGCAUUUCCGAUUCUCUGGCAGCCAAGGAUGAGUUUUGUUGGCACAAACUCAACCCAGUUCGUCAUCGAUGUUGGUAAUGGAGAACAAUCAAUAUUCUACGUUAAUGGGUGGAAUUCCUACUGGUUGAUGGAGGAGAGUGUGUGGGGUACUUCUAGAUAUAAGGUUUCUGAGAUGCUUAAGAGAGGGUCUCAAAUGGGGAUGACUGUUUGUCGGACUUGGGCAUUCAGUGAUGGUCGUCGUCAUGAUGCUCUUCAGAUUACACCUGGGUUCUUCAAUGAGAAGGUCUUUCAGGGUUUGGAUUUUGUGAUAGCUGAAGCAAGGAGACACAAGAUAAGGUUAAUCCUUAGUCUAGUAAAUAACCUGAAUGCCUUCGGUGGGAAAGCUCAGUAUGUGAAUUGGGCACAAGAAGCUGGAGUCAAUGUCUCAUCCUCAACUGAUUCAUUUUUUUCACAUCCAACUAUAAAGAGAUACUACAUGGAUUACAUUAAGGCUAUUGUGACCAGAAAAAACUCACUUACUGGUGUGAGAUAUUCUGAAGAACCAGCGGUAUUUGCUUGGGAACUCAUGAAUGAGCCACGCUGCACGUCUAGUUCAUCUGCUCCUAUUCUUCAGACUUGGAUUAGAGAGAUGGCCACAUUUAUCAAGAGUUUGGACCAAAAUCAUCUGGUGACCGUUGGACUUGAAGGGUUCUAUGGAUCAGAAACAACCAACAGAUCUGAAGUGAAUCCUGGGGAAUGGGCGGCCUCGCUUGGAUCAGAUUUUAUACAGAACUCAGCAAUCAAAAAUAUUGAUUUUGCUUCUGUUCAUGCAUACCCUGAUAGCUGGAUCCAUGAUGCUGAUCUGGACAAAAAAACAAAGUUUCUUUCAAGGUGGGUGGAUUACCACAUAAGCGAUGGUGAGAAUGUGUUGAAGAAACCAGUUCUUUUCAUGGAGGUUGGAUUUUCCUUGCAUACCUCUAAACAAGGAACAAAUGAUAGAGAUCUUUUACUGAAGAUGGUUUAUGAUAAAGUAUAUGAGUCGGCAAAGAAGAGGCAAGCUGGAGCAGGAGCCUUAAUUUGGCAGUUACUCGUUGAUGGAGUGGAAAGCUACAGUGACAAAUUCUCCUUUGUAGCAUGGGAGAAAGCAGAGACAAACAGGAACGUUAAAAAUGCAGAUUCUUGCUUGAGCCAUUAGACCGAUGAUAGAAAUUGUUAAAUUGAUUUUCAUUCAUUCCCAGUUCAUCUGUACUAAAUGAGAAAGGAAGUCCUAAAAGUCCAGUGACGUAUCUUUACUACUGGUGGCUUGUUGGGAAUCUAUUAUGAGAAGAAUGAAGUAUCUAGUUCAUGUGGGGAAAUUUGAGCUCAGUCGGAUUCUAUAUGAAAUGCUCACAUAUUUGUUGUUGUGAAUAUAUGAUAUGAAGGACCAACCUUAUUAUCCAAGUGGUUUUGGCUCCAUCAAAGGUGUUAGUGUAGCAAACUGUUGUAAAUGUGAUUUUUUGUUGUAAUAUUGCCAAAUGUGUAUUUGAUAUACCAAGAAAGAGAACAUUUAGUGAGCUUCUGCCAUCUUUGUCAUAAUUCUGCAUGGAACUUGGUGUAUCAAUAAAUUUGGAUCAAUUGGGGAUUGCCAGGA